AUGAAUGGACCUGCCUCACAUCGUCAGGGUAGUACACCCCUGCGGCCUCCGUUGGAACACCGAGAUACUCUGAAACUUGCACCGGUUCGUCGAGGGACAAUCACCGAACAAAAUUGGGGUCUUCAUUCAGUACCAGGAAUGCUUUCAGAUUUUCAAAGAUACACGUCGCACAGUUGGCUGCAGAGUACCCCACCGGUUACCAUUGGGCCGGUCGACAGCAAAUGGUCGAUUAUACGCAGCAUCCCGUCAUUUAUUGCCAUUGCAACAGGACUUGCCUCGGCACAAUCUUUGGCCACUGUAGUUGGGCUGGUUCCAACUGCGUUUCUAGUCCCGGGGUGGGUGCUCUUGGCCUCGGGGCCAGCGGUGGCUUUGAACAAAAGACCAGGCGAUACUGAAACAUCUAUCAUGUCAACUAUACUGUUCAUGCUUGCAAUCGCAUCAAUAACAGUUGCAACUGCUGUAUUUCCCCCACCCUUAGUAGCUACGGUUGCUUUGGCAGGAACGGGCUCUCGACCUUAUUGGCUAGUCUGGAUUGCCGGUAUUUGUGUUUGGCAAGCAGCAGAGAAUAUCGAGAAAUGUGUGGGAAUUCCUUUUCUUGCAUAUGCCUUCUGGUGGCUUAGUUCUCAAACUGCCUCAGCUAUCAACCCCACAGUUUCUUGUGCUCUGGGCGGCUUGACGCUUGGCGGGGCUUUUCUAGUGUUUCGUCCGGCCUCUGCGGUUAUUGUUUUGGCAGCUAUUUGUGCUGCAUCCUUAGCGGUGUUUAUUGUGGUUCGAAAAGACGCCUACCCUUCAAGACUGAAUCCUUUGCUGGCCAAUGGUGUAUCUUAUUUAUUGAUGUCUGGAAUUAUUACGAUGAGCCCUUUACUUUUGGUAGCUGCGCUACCCACUUUACUUUUCAAGCAAGAAAAGGCGGAUUUAAAAGAAGAAGAUGAGAAAAAACCGUCGGCGACAUGGUCGGUUUUAGACUCGAUUCUUGCCCAUGCUGAUACAAGAAACAUCUUUUAUUUCUUUUUACUGAACUUUAUGUUUAUGUUGAUCCAGCUGUUUUAUUCCAUUCUCUCUCAUUCGCUUGGAUUACUGUCAGAUAGUAUCCACAUGUUUUUCGACUGUCUUGCCUUGUUAGUUGGGCUUGUCGCUUCUAUCUUGGCCAAGUCGCCCCCGUCCUCGAGAUUCCCUUACGGCCUCGCUAUGGUGGAAACAGUGUCUGGGUUUGCUAAUGGCUGUCUGCUUUUAGCUAUUUCGGUAGGCAUUGUUUUCGAGUCAUUCGGGCGGAUUUCCAACCCUGUUGAGCUCGAAAAGCUAACGGAACUAUUGAUUGUCAGCGUUCUUGGAUUGAUUGUUAAUCUAUUCGGCUUGUUUUCUUUUAACCACGCUCAUGCCCACGGACACUCUCACGGGCAUUCCCACGGACACUCCCAUGGACACGCUCAUGAGCAAUCGCAUGCAAACGCUCACGGGCAUUCUGAACACACCGAAGUAAAGCAUGAAGCUAGUGCUUGUGACUCUGGCCACGAAAGUGACAAUAUGCAUGGAAUCUUUCUCCACGUUCUGGCCGAUACCCUAGGCUCUGUUGGUGUUAUUAUUUCUACAUUACUUACUCACUAUUUUGGCUGGGCAGGAUUCGAUGCCAUUGCCUCUCUCAUCAUUGCAAUUCUCAUCUUUCUCUCAGCACUGCCUCUCGUGAAAGCGUCGGCCCGUACUCUACUCCUAGAACUGGGCAGCUCGCAAGAAUACGACAUGCGCAGUGUUCUGAGUGAUAUAUCUGUCCUUCCAGGAGUUGCAUCAUAUACCGUUCCCAAAUUCUGGUCUGAUGGCAAGAACAUUCGCGGAUCUAUUCACAUUCAAUACGCGCUGGGAGCAGAGUACAGUGAUUUGCGCGCCAAAAUCGUCGAGAGAUUCAAGGAAUCAGGAAUCGAAAACAUCGUCGUUCAAAUGGAAAUUUUCGGAUCUAAUUGCUGGUGCCAAAAAAUAUAG